CUCGUUAGCUUUCUGAUACCCACCACCAACCCCACAACCCUUGCGGGAAAAAAAACUGAUCAAAAUCAUAAACACCCAAAAAAAUCAUACCCUCACCAUCCAGAUAAUUAAAAAAAAGCUAGAUAGAGAAAUUAGGAGAGAGAAAUUUAUUAAAAAGUGAAUUUUAUUCCUUAUCCCUCUUUCCCAAAAAAAAAGCAAAAAAAAAUGGACAGGGUCUUCUCAGUAGGAGACAUUUCUGACCAAUUCUGGUCUCCGCCGCCACCUCCACCGCCGCCACCCGCCGGAGAUCCACAUAUGAACAGAAGCGCCUCCGAGUGGGCUUUUGAGAGGUUCUUACAGGAAGCUUCUCCUCUUUCUGAUUCUUCUUCUUCUAAAUCUCUUGUUGAAAACGACGUCGUUGAGAUCAAGGAUUCUCCUCUCACCUCCGCCGCCGUUGCAACCACCGAUGUCACCAGUAAAUAUAAUAAUAACGAUUUUAGCUCUCAAUCUCCGGUUGCUGUUAGUAGUGACGGUCAAUCGUUGGGGAAUUCGACGGCGCCGUUGAUUUCUCAAGGAUCGAGUGUUCCCGUUGAUUCUGAAGAUUAUCAUGCAAUUCUUAAAAGCAAGCUUAAUUUGGCUUGUGCUGCUGUCGCAUUGACUAGGGCACCCUUUGUUAUAAAUCAAAAUGCAGCUGGUGCAGCAGAAAGUGUAACACAGGGUUCAGCUGAUUCACGACCAGCUUCCAUUCCUCCAUGUAAAGGGUCGCAAGAUAAGGAUGCAAAGCCUAUUGGAAUUCCUUCCCUUCCCUCCAUGCCGAAGAAACCUGUUACUCAAGCUAAGCAAACCACAAGUUAUGAUUCUGAUCAGUCAGAUGAUGAUGAUUUAGAAGGCGAAACUGACAAUAUGGAUCCUGCUGAUGUAAAGCGUGUGAGGAGAAUGCUUUCAAAUAGAGAGUCAGCUAGACGCUCAAGGAGGAGAAAGCAGGCACAUCUGACUGAACUUGAGACACAGGUUUCGCAGCUAAGAGGUGAGAAUUCUACAUUAUUGAAGCGUCUUACUGACAUAAGUCAAAAAUUCAAUGAUGCUGCUGUGGACAAUAGGGUUUUAAAGGCUGAUGUGGAAACUUUAAGGGCAAAGGUAAAAAUGGCAGAGGAGACAGUGAAAAGAGUUACAGGGAUGAACCCCUUGCUGCAGGCUAUGUCUGAAAUUUCAGCUAUGGGAAUGGCACCUUUUGGUGGGAGCCCUUGUCCUUCUGACUCAGCUGAUGCUGCUGUACCGGUGCAAGAUGACCCCAAACAACCUCAUUAUUAUCAACCUGUUGAUAAUCCUCUUCCCGCUUCCCAUCCAAGAGUUGACAAUGGUGUCGCUGACAUUUCUUCUAUUGAUGAUGUGCUGCAAAAUGUUGCUACACAUGUAUUGGGUGGCAGCAAAAUUGGAAGAACUGCGUCGAUGCAAAGAGUUGCUAGCUUAGAGCACCUCCAGAAACGGAUUCGUGGGGGGAUGGAUCAAGGUAAACCACACGGUGGUGGUGGUGGUGGUGGUGCUGAGCAGUAGUCAUGCAACCAAUAGCCAUUGUCCUAUGUAUUUCUUCAGAUCCAUUACUGGAUCUGCCAUUGUCGUGUAAAAGUAAUGUUGUUAUUUCCUGUCAUUGCAUAUUGGACCGCAAGUUCUGUAUUGGUCUUGAUUUGCCAAAUAGCAUGAGCUACGGCAUUGUCUUGCCGUCUAAUCUAUUUUAUUUAUGUAUUAGCAUUA